AAUUAAACGCUCAAGUACGGUACAACUUCAAAGGCCACGCAGCUGACUCUCGCAUGGCGCCACGACGAGGCUCCCAUUUCCUUGCACCUGAACGUUGCUCGCCGUUAGCCAACCUUUAGUAACUAUGACGGUACCGGCGACGUCAGCAGGGGAGCCGGCCCAGGGCGGGAAGCGGCCACUGCACAAACGCAAGUACCGGCCCCUCGACGUCAAGACCUGGUAUGAGGGCUCGCUUCGCCUCAUCGGCUGGAUUCUGGUCAUCUGCCUCGCGGUGCUCACGGCCGGCCUUUGGUUGUCAUAUGAGCUGUUUGUGCUCAAUAAGCACGACACGGACUUUCGUGACAUCUACUUCGACCAGCGCAUCACCAACAACAUCAACAACAUAGGACACAAGAACUUCCUGCUCGCGGAGUAUUGCUGCAACCGCGACCCGGUGCACUUCCCCUACAGCUGCGAUGAGUUUGCGCCAGACCAGUACAGCGCAGCGGCGCCGUACUGCAAGCCGCUCAUCAUGCUGGAGUGCACCGACAUACGCGGCGCCGCCUGCAACGCGACUCGGCAGGUGCUGUACGGUGCGGUGGGGCUGGCCAUAGUCAACGACCGCGCGGUGUACUUGAACUGCACGGCGGGGGGCCGUGUGCGUGUGGGCGCCGCGGCGGUGGCGGUGGGCCGCCCCAUCACGCUGGUGGCCUACUACCAGCAGGCGGCCACCGGGGCCACGCUGGUCAUCCAGAGCCCCUUCAACAUCAACGCCACGGAGGUGUACCAGUUUGUAGACCAGGUGGCCGCCUCGGUGCCGGCAGCAGACGUCGACUACGUGCAGCCCAGUACGCGGCUGAGCGGCACGCUGUCGCUGGAGGGCGUGCCCGCCUCCGCCGUGCUGGCGCUCUACCACGACGACGCCCGGCGGCUGCGCGCGCCGCCGCCCUGGAAGUCCGUAUCCAACCUGUGGCCCUGGCCCGGCAUGAACGCGCGUUGCCCCAACACCGGCGUCAACAACGCCUAUUACUUACUGGGCGAGGCGCUGGUGAUGAUCCCUCGCUUCGCGCUGUCGCGGCCCGCGGACACGCUGCUGACCCUGGGCGCCGGCAACGACACGCUGCUGGUGCCGGCCUGGCAGGUGGUGGCAGUGGACAGCGACAACCAGACGGUGGGCAUGUCCACGGAUGUGGAGGUCAGCUUUCUGUCCGCGGUGCAGGUGUCUCUGGGCCAGGUGUCGCUGCUGGGCGCCUGCGACGGCUGGCGCUUCAGCCCGCAGGCCCAAGACAUCAGCUACACCUACGUGCCCUACUGGACCGGGCCCAUCGCGGAGCUCCAAGACGGAACCACCUUUGGCCCCUUCGUGCAGGUGGUGGCGCUGAACGUGCUGGACGUGAACGGGCCGCGCUUCUUUGAGCUGCCGUACUACGGCGGCAUGUGGUACAUCUGGAACGCCUUCUUCAUGACCUUCAUCUGGCUGGUGUCCAACAGCCUCAUGCUGUUCAUCAUCAUCCUGGUGUGGUGGAACGUGCGCUCCAACCAGGGCCUGCCGCCCAUCAUCUACCGCUACAUGCAGAAGUACAGGGGCUGGUAGGGGUGUGGUGGCGGCAGGAGGAGGAGGAGGAGGGCGGAUGGGUGGUAUGGUAGGUGCGUGGGGCACGGUGAGGGGAAAUGGCCGUUGUGGAGGUGUGUCUGCAAUGUGCUUGGUGCCGGUAAUGUUCAGUGUUGGGUGCGGCGCGAUGUGUGCUGCGGUGCACCACGUCAGUGCACCACGCAAUGCCGCCGUUGCGACUGGGAGGGAGGGAGGGAUUGAGAGCCAUGUGUGAGGGCCCUGGCGGUCCCUGACGAGGAACAACAUUGCGCAACGGCCAUGCGUGUUGCAGGAUGAGCGUGAAAUUAGCGUGAUAGGGCCGUGACCUGUUCUGGCAUCCGUUCAUGUGCAUGGUUACGGCUGCAGAAGACGAGUCUGACUGUGUGGAAGACACUUGACCUCGAGGAACCGUGAGCUGGCUGGUGUGACCGUCCGUGACAGUCCGCUGGCGACGGUACUGGGACACGCAUGUGUUCGAAGCGAUUGAUGGGUCAGGUGUUGUGUUGUACGCACGCAUGACAGUAGGCUUUUAGAGUGUACGCUUGCAGCCCAGUCGGUUUGCCCUGAGGAGGCAAGUGGGCGUUAACCACCGACUGCUUCAC